AUGUCCCCUCUCCGAGGAUACAUCACGUCCUACCCUCCGCGCAUGCGCCAGUAUGGAAACGCGUUACUCACACCCGUCCAUCCUCCGUCGCAGGCCGGUCCGACGCCGCGCACUACCAAGCGUGGCACCACUGCCAUCAAUUACGCCGAAGAUGGCUACGAUGACGAGGACUUCGAUGAAAACGACGGCCCCCGCCGACCAACCGGCCUAAGGAGCCUGAGGCGCGAAGAAUCCGCCGCCGACAAGUUAAUGCCAUCUUCAGACAAGUUGGGCAAGGAAGUACAUGCGCCGGUGGAAGUACAAGGUCUUUUCCGUGAAUGGAUGAUCAAGCGGAUGCUGCGGCCAGCGUGCGCCGACCAGCUACAGAUCCAGGCGCAACUUCCCUUGACCUUAGUCCCUAUUCGCAUUGACGUGGAAGUUCCCGCCCAUCAGCCUCUCGAACCAUUCCCCCUCCCACGCACUGCUGUGGAUCCUGCAAUCAACCAGACUCUUCCUGCCUACCGCAGGCCUGACCCGCUACCUCCCUUCAGAAUCAAAGAUACUUUCCUAUGGAAUCUCCACGAAUCUCUGUCGACCCCAGAAGAAUUCGCCAUUGGAUUCGUCCGCGAUCUCGACCUACCAAACCCCCAAGCCACGACGAUGACUAUCAGCAAUCAAAUUCGACAGCAGCUGGAGGAAUACGCCGGUGUGGCUCUUCACCCCCUCUUUCAAAGUACCGACUCGGGCCUUGCGCCUAGUCUCCCCCCGCAGACCGAGCCCUCGCGAGACGCCUCAAUGACACCCGCUGCCACAAAUUUCGCAACGCCUGAUAGCCGACCUAUCAUCACUACUACUGUCACACCUACCAAAGAAGCGUUUGUAAAUGACAGCCUUCUCAAUCCCGAUGAUGCCUAUCGUUGUUUGAUCACCCUCAACAUCAACCUGCAGAACAAGCUCUACACAGAUAAAUUCGAGUGGUCUCUACUUCACCCACCCGGCCUGGCUGAGGAAUUCGCCCGUAUCACUUGCGCAGAUCUCAGUCUCGGCGGUGAAUGGGUCAGUGCCCUUGCGCACGCCAUCUACGAAGCAGUGUUGAAGUUCAAGAAGGAAGUUUGUGAAAGUGGUGCCCUUGUCAGUGGCAUCAAUGGAUAUGGUAAUGAUAUUGACAAUCUUGCCGCCAACGGAGUGGAGGCUGGUUGGCGUUACGACCCAGAGACUAUUUGUGAAGAGUGGCAGCCUUCGGUUGAGGCAUUGUCCAAGGAGGAAAUUGAACGCCGAGAAGGAGACCGCGAACGCCAGAUUCGUCGUUUGCGCCGAGAGACUGCCAGAUUCUCAUCAACUACAGGUAUUACACCUGAUCAUCAACGACAAGGCAGUAGUCACUUUGAAGUUGAUGGCGACACUCCGCUGGGUCGGGGUGAGCGGAAUAAACGCAAGCGCCGUUUCCGUAGCUUGAGCCCCAGUGGCAGAGGUGGCACUCCAGGUGGUCGUGGUACCCCAGAUACAGGAUCAGGGGCUGGAUAUGGAGGCGGUGGUGGUACACUCUCUGACUGGGAGCGCCAGAGUUGGAGAUGCAAGAACUGUGCAGUAUGGGGAACAGCAGUAUGGGCUGUGCGAGACGGUCCAGACGGUCCUCGAACCCUCUGCCACAAUUGUGGUUUACUCUACGAACGCGAUAAGGUCGCACCGGAAUGGUCCAAGGACCUCCAUCGACACGAUGUCCCUGUUGGCCGAUUUGGCUAA